AUGAAUUUCUUAAUAAUUUCGACAAAACGUCUCAGUAUUAGCCCUCUUCUGCACAAGCUAGUGUUUUUUAUUAUAAUAUUUAGUAGUUUAGCAUUUGGUGCUAGUGUGGCGAACCCCGAACCAAGUGUCGGUGGAGUUCUCAAGUCCCCUUCUGCGGACCUCUCUGUGAGCUCCGCAGAAAAGUUUUCUAAUGUUUAUUUCGAUCAGUUAGCAGUGCUUAACAAUACAUCCUGGAAUACUUUAGGGAAUCAGACAAAGUUCUUAGAUAAAUGCCUUGGAAAACCAAUAGCAUCGCUCAAAAUUGGAGAGAACAAACCUAUAGGCGAGUCGUCAGCGUCAGACCCAGUGGGCGUUCACGCACCUCCUUGCAUAAAUUUCAUUCAUGCAAACUCAAGAAAACGCACUGCAGUGUUACGCUCAUCAUCUGUGAUCAUAAUGAAAAAGAAAUCCCAUAUAGCGAACAAUGAGGCAUUACAGGCACACACAACAGUAGCCUCAAAAGAUGUAGUGGAGCAAGCGCAAGCACAAAAAAACUUUAUCUUCUGCUCGAGUAUCAACAAUGAUAUCGAAGAGACUGGACAGAGUAUUUUAAGAAAUUCCGUAAUUGAGACCCCACAACUUUGCCCUAUAACGCAUCCGAAUGCAAAUAUUAAACAUAGUCUAAAGAAAAAAGAUGACAAGUUUCCAAUGAACUAUGAAGUCCAACACAAUAACAAGCAAUAUGGGCUGCCUACGGCUCCUAUUGAUGAUGGAAUCGAGAACAUUAUCGUUUCGAAUGAAUACAGAACUGUCAUUCCCGUCACGCUGUACGGCACCGGUACCACGAUCGUCUCUUUCAAAGCCCACAAGGAUCACACUGUUAACGUAGUUCUUCAGCUUCGUGGGCACCGGUACGAUCCCGUCGUGUCGGAGUACAACUGCGAAAACACGCGUAUAUCCGCCCAACUGCGCUCUGUAUCCUCCUCGGAUUAUGCAGUAAAUUGGACGGCCCCCCCUCAGUUCCCGACCGCGAUGGCGAAAAAUUCUGAUCCCCACAUCUUCAGAGCGCUUGACAACACACCUGCCGAUCAUAAUCGCAUCAGGGACAGUGUUAAAGAUAUGUUAGAUUAUAGCAAAGGCAAGGAUAACUCUACCAAAGUCUACCAAUUUGAGGAAAGCAUUGAUAAUUUUGAUGAUUUCUAUGAGGAAAGGCCAAAUGGACUUUGGAGUUCUUUCGCUCAGCUGUUGGACACAUCGUUGUUAUGUGAAAUUCUGCCAAGUCUUUCUUUGCGUAUUCCAAAAGUAGAAGAGGAAGAAAAUUUCAACUUUAUCAUCCAAAGCAAAGUCCAAUCUACAAAAUGGCACAAUUAUGUCGAUAACGACGGCUCAUGGGACCAAAGUAAUAUUUGUAGCAUCCAGGUAUACAUCUCACAGACUCCCGCAAAGCAGCUGAAGAUAAGCCAGAUUAUUUUUGCUGUGCUGAUUCCAUUGUUUGUACUGUUUGUGCCGCUUCCCUUUUUUCUACGGCGCGCAGAUAUUAUCCAGGUGGCUUCACUUAGUAUAGAUGUUGUGGAUUGUAUUUGGUACCCACCGUACUUAUUACGAAGGAUUAUCAUCACUGGGACUAUUCAUUUUAAAGCAGCCCUGCAGACGGCUUGGCACCAGCGCAAACUGAGAAGCCAUCAGAAGCGGCUUGAGUUGCAGCAGCGGGCUCUCUCAGAGCGGAUGAAUGCGGCCCUGGCAGGGGUCCAAAGUGGGACGUGCCGAAGAGAUGCUCGACAACGGAAAGGCGUUGACAUUCCCCUUGGCCUCCCGAUACAACCUCAGCAGGAAGUGAUCGCAUCAUUCCCAUCGAUUUUGGCAGCGCCAGAAGUAACAGCAACGGUGAAUGGGAUGUUUCCCAAUGAAGGUGGAAAGAAGGAUCCUCCCGUAGCUUUCGUGGAUCAGACAAUGCGGAAAUCUGAUGAUGACUCGAGGGAUAUGCUGUCUAGCCCUAUGACUACCGUCGAGCCGGCUACUACGGCUGUUGCCGUCAAGCCGAUCUCUCAUUUCACCACGGAGAAAGUCACGCCCUCGCGGCUUCAGUUGGAGUAUGAUGACGUAGCAGGGGCCGGUGACGAUCGUCCUACCGCGGCUUCCCUCCGCAAGCGAGGCAUUGUAGACGGCACCCCUGCUGAGCACGCAUCCACGGUGUCCUGCACUAGUGGCGACAACGGCCCCACCAGUCAAGAGCUCCUCUUCCCCACUGGUCCAUGCUCUGAAGGAGAAGGGGGAGAUGUCGAAGAGGAAGGACGCUUCUGUCGCAUAUGCCGCGACGGUGAGGAAGACGAGGCCUUGGUGGCCCCCUGCAACUGCACCGGCUCUGUGCGCUGGGUGCAUCUCUCGUGUCUCGACCACUGGCGGCUUGAGAGCAUCAAGCGCAACAUAAGUAACUACAACACAUGUGAGAUAUGCAAGAGUCCCUUUAAGAUAAAAGUUCGGCGCUCAAUCCUUAUAUGGCAAAGCUGCAAAAGAAUCGUGUACGCUAUUAUCUUGAUUAUCACAUGCGCACUUUGUUUUAUGAUGAUUCCAUUGAUCUCACACAGCAUCUUUGGGGAGGCAUCCUGCGUUGCUGAGUAUCAUCGUGUGCCCUACGCCACUAUGUACCAAUUUGAUGGCAUCAUGCUAUCACUUUUCGUGUAUAUCGAAAUCGUUCUUUCGGUUAUAUUUGCACGCCUCAUUGUUUACAGUUGGUUUCGGAGCAAUCCAGAGGUGGAGACAUAUAUUGCCGAGAUACACGUCAUCCCACGAUUUAUGACAUGGCGCAAUGUGCUAAAGAUCGCCUUAGUGACUAUCGUUAUAAUUGCCCAGGCUAUUUCAAUCGGGUAUCUGGUAAAGUAUUUCAUGUAUGUCACAAGCGACAUCGCGUGGAACUGGGAGGCCUCUCCGUUGUUAGGAGGAAUUGUCUUUGUUUUGUUUGCAUUUUUAACGAUAGGGGUGAGUGUCUCAAUACGGGAGCAUCGAAUCCAAGCGCAAAUCAGGCCUCAACAGGCUGCAGCGGGGGAUCUUGUCGUGGAAAAUGUGAAUGCCAACAGCAGCCCUCGUGUGAGCCCAGAAGUUGAAGGCACAAGAGCUAUGGAAACUAGGAUAGACUUUGAGUUGAAUUCAGCAUCACUGGGUGAGGGGGCCACAAAUGGGAAUCAGGGUGGUAGUUCUAACCCGCCCCUGUAG